AUGUCCCAGAUCCCCAAAACCAUGAGGGCAAUUAAGCUCACGGCGCCCGGCCAGUUUUCAGUCGCGGAGAUUCCGACACCACAAGUGCAAGCCGGCUCGGUUCUGAUCAAGGUGGAGGCGGCCAUGGUUCAACCGCAAAUACGCAACAUCUUGAACGCGGUGGUGCCGCACUUGAGGCUGCCGUACCCGGUGGUGCCUGGGUCCAACGCGAUCGGACGCGUGGUCGAGGCCGGGCCGGACGCGGUGGUGCUGGAAAAGGGCCAACUGGUGCUCAUCAGCUCGUCUGUGCGGGCGCGUGACGACCCAUCGGUCCAGGUGGUCUGGGGCGUUUCGGCAGCAGGAUUCGGCCAACGCUCCGAGCAGCUGUACGCCAAGGUGGCGCGCAACGGGUCAUUUGCAGAGUACCUGCUGGCGCCGCUGGAGAACACGUGUGUCCUGGACGAGCGUCGACUUCUGGGCGGCGGGCUAGGCUACAAAGUGCCGGAACUGCUGCAUCUGUCGGCCGACGCGGUGUCGUACGCAGGCCUGCGCAGCAUCGACCUGCAAGCCGGGGAGCGGAUCAUCGUCACUCCCGCCACGGGCUUCUUCAGCACCAGCGCCGUCGAUGUCGCCGUUGCCAUGGGCGCGAAUGUCGUGGCCGCCAGCCGCAACGGCGACUAUCUCGCCCGCCUCAAGACGGUUCACCCGGAGAUCGAAACCGUUCGAUUGACGGGGACGGAUUUCGAUGCAGACAAGAAGACCCUCGCGGCGUUUGGGCCCGUUGAUGCCGUCGUCGACAUCUCCCCGCCAUCCGCUACGGGGUCUAACAACCUCGCUGCUGCGGUUGCCACCUUGAGGCCUUACGGUCGUGUCUCCCUCCUGGGUGGCCGCAUGGACCCGUCAAUCCCGAUUUCUUACAUGGACGUCAUGUGGAAGAGUCUCAAGAUCCAGGGCAGUCUGAUGUACACUCGUGAAGACCAGCUGGGCGUCAUCAAACUGGUUGAGUCGGGUCGGUUGAAGCUCGGCAAGGCUGGUGGCCAUGAAGUUGUGGCUUCGUAUCCUCUGGACCGUCUGCUGGACGCCGCUGAUCAUGCGGACAAGGCUAACAAGUUGGGACAAUUGGUUUGUCUUGAACCCUAG